AUGGCGCUCUUCCGUUCUCUUUUCCAACAUUACAAGGCUUUGCAUGUUGCACGUCCCACUCCGCCGUACUUCUCUGCCGUCUUGUCAGCCCCCAGCCCUCCUUCGCUAUUAGCAAUGCGUGCGGCAAUUGUUUUUCCACAACUUCAAUUUCGUGCCAUGGGUUACAAACUUAAGACAAAGGCAGCGGUUAAAAAGCGCUUUAAGAAAACGCGCGAGCGUAUACGCCGCCUCGGCCAGCCCGUGUUUGUGCAAGGCAAGAUCCGUAAAAAUAUCCUUCGAAUGCUCGGGAAGAAGUGA